UUUUUGUUUUUAUUCCAGUCUCUCCUUUUGCCAGGUCGCAUCCCGAGGCCUUGGGCCCUUUUUUGCUUCUUUUUGAUUUCACUUCACCUUGCUGGUCGUUGAGCCAUGCCCCUUUUCAAGCCCGGAGCGGCCGCAGGCAGGCCCAAAUCCGCCCAGCUCGGCAGCAUUCGUGGCCGUAUAAGCGGGCCCAUUAUGGUUGACGACGAGUUCCCGAUCAGGACUCCCGGAUCUGGCAUCGCACAUCUGGGAAGCCCUGUGGACUUGCAUUCGUCUCCGUCGGCUAGUCCUGACGAGGACAAUCAAGUUAGGAAUGACCCUUUGAGUGACCAGCCGAACGGGGAUGUGUUGCAGCAGUCUCACUUUGACCGCGACACGACCCCCAGCACAGAACCAAGGCAGGCAAGUCAAGCGACCGCAGCACGUUUCUCGACUGCUAGCCAUGCGACCGGCAACGACACGCCACAGAGGAAAAAAUCAACCUUCAGGUCAGCUUUGAGCAAGUUGUUUGGCAGGAAGAAGAGGGACACCCACAGCCGUAACUCGGGCGCCGAAACUCCAUACCAAGCCAUUGCUACUCCGGACCAGCACCGAAGUCAACCCCCUGCCAGGCGUGACUCUCCAAUGGAGCAGAGUGAGCCCAAACGAUCAUUUUCACUCCCAGUCACCGAAUAUGAGAGAGCAUUGCGGUCUCACUCAGUUGGUCCAACUGAUAUGCUUGCCAUUGAGAGCGCACGUAACUCCAUGCUCCUGGAGCCAGCCAUGCUCAAGAAGAGGGCGGCGUCGUCGAGUCUCAUUGUCAGUCCGGUCCGGAGAGACUUUGAUGGGGAGCUCAUCGGCCUGACGCCACGGCCGGCCAGUAUCAAUGGUGAGAUCCAUGUCUCCAAUGAGGAGUUGCAGGAUCCCAACGAGAUCGGGCGUGCUUUGUCGGUCUACGAGUCAUCCUCGCAGCGGCCCAGGUCCAAGAGCCUGACCGGUAUGCCUGCUUUGGCAGAAGCUGAGGCCACAAGCCGUAACCGAAACGACGAGAUUCGUUAUUGGAGAGAGAGCUAUCAACCCAGGAGCUUGUCGCCUACAAACGAGGAUGCACACGAGUCCGCGAGUCACAAGGAUUCUGUCAAUGAUGCCACUGCCGAGACUCCUCGCACGGUGCCUCCAAGUUUCCCUCUCAGCCCAGAAGAGCUUCGUUUCCAGACACCCACAGAUAGCCCGGUGCUUUCUCCCCAGCAAUUCGCAUAUGCGGCUCCUUCUCUGGACCAUGCGCAUUAUUCUGAGAUGAGCUUGGAAGAACGGGUGGUUGCGCUCGAGGCACAUACCCGCAAGCUUGAGAAGCUUGUCUCUCAGCUGUUUGAGCUUGUUUCAGGCGGCGCAGCACUGGGCCGUCCGGGUAAUGCCGUGCCCAGGAGCCCGCAAUCUCUCGACCGGUCCGCAGCACAGUACGGUACUUCAUAUUCUACGACACUGCGAGAAAAUGCCCCUUCGUCACGGCAAAGUGAUGAAUCAUUCGGUGAUGCCUACACCUACGUCGGGUCUAACCCUGCGCCGCCCAUCAUCACUGAGCGAAUGCCCUCGAACAAUACGAGUGUCCGUGAGGCGACGAGUCUGCCGACUCUCCCUCGGGACUUUCAACCGUCCCUCGGUGCUGAUCACUACACUACACUCAAGGCUCUACUCGAUACUGAGCGCGUGAACCGCCAAAUGCUGGAAGCCCAAGUCACCAAACUGAGCUACAGACUGAAUCGCCUCUCUCGCGCCUCGCAGACUUUGGAUUCACGCAAGCGUGGGCUCUACUCGGCUUUUGAUGAUGAUGACGACGACUACGAGGGUUUGCCAAGUGCAACUGACGGCUACGGGUCCGAGAUCUUCCAGACGCCUCACGAAGAGUAUAAUGCUGCAGCGCUCCAGGCAUUGUCUGGAUUCUCCCCGGACGCUGCGGGAGACAAUUUUGACAAUGAUUCCGACAAGGAGAAUCAGGGCACAGCACAGCGCAAGGCACCAAGGACCCUCUCUCUCGGACAACUGACACUCCCCAAGUCAAGCAGGAUCCCGACUGAUGGAGACGUUCACUUAUGACUAUAUGGACUCCAAGGAGGGGGCCGCAACGCGAGGCACUGAAACAACGGCUUACGAGCGGGCAUUUGUACUCCCAGACACGUGCAACCUGGCCUGCAAGACUGGAACAUUGAAUGUUACUGAUCUACCUGGGCUCGUCGCUGAUGUCUUGACGGACGAAUGAUGGAUGUAAUAAGGCUUUGACAGCAUAGCGUAAUUUUGCGUAGCGUGCAUUUCUUUUGUAGUUGUAAUAGUAGCGCGACUUGAUACCCUCCACUAUUGUUUGCAAGAAUUUGUUGCUCGUCGAUGUUGUUCGUUGUUUUGU